AUGCUUCUAAAGAUUCUUGUGAGAGGAAACCAGAUCAGCAAGCUCUACACCAUAUACAAAUAUUCACCUGUGGUUUCUGGCCAAACUAAGGCAGUUCUCACAUUAAACAGUUUCCAAAAGGGUGCAGAUGGAGGUGGGCCAUCAGAGUGUGACCACAAAUACCACUCUGAUGACAAACCGGUUGUGGCAUUAUCAACUGGAUGGUACUACAGAGGGAGCAGUGUGACUCCACUAUGGGAUGUGACGAAGACCAUGAUUAACAGCCUCCAUGUCCUAAUAACAUCGUUGAUGCCUCAAAAGGCUGUGUGGAAAACCUUAGGAGUGCCUGAAGAUGAGUGGGGCGAGUUGGAUAUCACUUGGUCCGAUGCCUAG